AUGUCGUUGCUCAGGUCUGCAGCGGCACGAAUCUCGUCGAUGGCAUUGCUCGCACCACGUACAAGCCUUUAUACCCCAUCCCUGGCUCACUCGUCACUUGUUCAGCCAUGGCGGACUGGCGGUAGCUACCGUCCAAUCUCAGUCACACCACUGGUUUCACACGGAGGAAUCACGCGGCCCACGCCAGGGACAGGAAUCAAAGUGACUUUCCGCGAUUCACAGGGAAAUGACCUCAAGACUGUCGAGGCAAAUGAAGGUGAUGAUAUCUUGUCCAUUGCACACGAAUACGACAUUGAUCUGGAGGGCGCAUGCGAAGGCUCCAUAGCCUGCUCAACAUGCCAUGUGAUUCUAGAGGAAGACGUGUUCUAUCAACUUGAAGAGCCAUGCGAUGAUGAAAAUGACAUGCUAGACCUUGCAUUUGGUCUCACAGAGACAUCGCGCCUCGGGUGUCAAGUACACGUGACGCGAGAUCUCGAUGGUAUGACUGUACAGCUCCCGGCAGCCACGCGCAACAUGUACGUUGAUGGUGCGAAAGGGGGACAUUAA